CGCAGCGGUCGGAGGAAUCUCUCUCUCCCGCCGGCUUGAAGCGCGAGGCAGCCGAUGUGCAACAACUCGUCCAACUGCCGUUGCCGCCGCCGCCGCCGCCGCCGCUGCCGCCUCCGCCACCAGAGCCAUGGAAGAGCCGCUCCUCCGGCUGCGCUCUCUAACGCACUGAGGGCUCGGACAUGCGCCGGCUCCUCUCGGGAUAUUUGCCGUCUCGUCCUUUUUGUCAGUGAUCCGCUUCUCAAGGAACCAUGGUGAGCAGGGAGGCCGGCAAAUGCAUGCUCACCAACUCGGAGUCAGACUCAGAGGCGGCGCCCUCACUGGCCCUGGAGGGGAAGUACACCCUGGAUCCCAGCAGGCAGGUGCGGAAGAGGAACAAGGCCCUGCAGGUGCGAUUCAAGGAUAUCUGCGAGGCACAGAACGAGCAGAGGGAGGCUGCCCGGCAGGCUGGGGGUAAGGGGGGCAAGCCAGUCUCCUACAAAGUGGCGUACCGCAAGUACAUGACUGUGCCCGCCCGCCGUUCCAUCCCCAACGUCACCCGGAGCACGGGCGUGCAGACGUCCCCGGACCUUAAAAAGCGCUACCAGACCUUCCCUUUCGAGCGCAAGAAAGGGCACACCAUCAAGCACGCCGCGGCCGUGGAGAGCCUCAAGGGCCACAACAACGGGUUCGUGACGGACGCCAAAGGGGUGAGGGCAGGGGGGAGCCCCGGCGAGCCCUCCAGGUGUGGGGCGGGGAAGGCGAGUCACAAAACGCGGGCCCUGCUCCACACCACCGAGUGCAUUGCCACGGUGGAGCACCACCACGUCGGGGGGAACUGCUCGGACGGAGACGCCUGCGCCGACGCCCUGCUGGUCAGCUGCUCCACGGAGGCGCAGUGCACCCCCGGUGCCACCGCCGGCCCCACCCCCCGCGCCGAGGCCGAGCUGCAGAUCUGCAGCAUCAAGUCCCGGCCCCGCAAGGGUUCGCACCCAGCCGAGGCGGACUCGGACCCCUCGGCCAAGCGGCAGCUGCUGAACUUCGAGGAGGCCUCCACCAGGACCCUGCGGGACUCGGGCUCCCGGGUGACGGGCCCCAUCGCCUGGAACUCGCUGACGCAGGUGGAGUGCCUGGAGAGCCCGUCGUCGGCGCGUGGAAAGCGCAAGAAAGGGCUGCAGCUCAACGGGCUGCAGGCGCAGUCGCAGACGCUGCCGCGGGCCGGCUGCUCCACCCAGGCGCAGUGCCACGCCCCGCCCCCGCGGGUGACGGGGGAGCGGGUGUGCACGGGCGAGGCACCGAGGGCCCGCGGAGCGGCCGGCACCGGCGCCGGGGAGGCCUGCCAGCAGAUCGUGCCUGUCACUCAGGACGGGGAUCUAAAAGCACAGCUGCAGGUGAUGGAGAACCUGAUCAGCUCCAGCCAGGAGACCAUCAAGGUGCUGCUGGGGGUGAUUCAGGAGCUGGAGAAGGGAGAGGCGCACAGGGAAGGCCUCUCCUAUCGAACCGGACAGGACACGGCCAACUGCGACACGUGUCGGAACAGCGCAUGCAUUAUUUACAGUGUGGAGCUGGACUUCAAGCUGCAGGAGGAUAAGCUGCAGCCCCUGAUGAAGAAACUGUGUCCCACCGAGGACCCUCAGUUCCCCUCUCUGCCUUACCCCCAGGAGGCCUUCACCUCCACCCCCAAACGCAAGUCCAAAACCGAGUCCAAGAAACACGCCCGCUGGAAACUCUGGUUUCUAUGAAAACCCGCCUUUUCCCCAUUUUAGACCGAGGGGGGCGUCCUCAUCGUGAAGGGAAUCUCAAAUCGUGGGUGUUUUUUCAACACCCCCCCUUCCCCCUAACCAACACCCAUCACUCUCAAAACCAGUUAGCGCACAUCCUGGAUAUCAAACUGCAAUCCUGUGAUCUCCUCCUGAAGACAAGCAAAGAGCGUGUGAGGAAAUUCCUUUCUUUUUCUGUUUUUCACAGCUUCUAAAAUGGAUUCAAAGUUAUCUUGAACUAAUUUCCAGAAGCAGGGUGUGAAAUUACACCAUGCCAACUUAUUUGCAGAUCAGCAAGGUGCGAAACAAAAUUGGAUUUACUCUUCCAUUUAUUUAUUUUUU